CGGGUUUUCAAUAAGCAUUUGCAGAUUUGCAUAAUCCAUUAGCUGGGCCUAUAUUAUGCUAAUUCUGCUUUGAGGGGUGGAAAAGUUUGUAUUGUUCUGUGGAAAAAUGAAGUUUCCAACACAGAAGUUGUGAAGAGGUAUUUCAUCUACGUUCAGAUUCUGCCAUUGUCCGUUUGUCUGGACAGGUGUGGGGAAAACGAAGGCCCCCCCCGUGCUCCAGCUCGUGCCCCUGUGUGCUUCUUUCUGGCCAGGUGAGCAGCAGCGUGGAGCUGUGGCCUGCUCGUUGUGCGCGGACAACUUGGGCUUGUUGACCUGAAGUUGUUUGCUCGGCUUCGUCAGCGUGGCCCUUCCCGGUGUCAGAGAUGUCCGGCUAUUGGCCGAGCCCGGGAGGGCACGUCAUCCUCAUCAAUCAGAAACGGAUGUUUUCUUCUCUGUGGAAUGUCCCCACGCUUGUCCGGCCGCCCGUCCGUGCGUGGCUGGAUGCACGAGAGGCCGGGCGUAAAGUGCAACCCCCGUCCAAUGACUAUGCGGGGGGGAAAAGGUGAUAAUGACUUCCUAUCAAGAGUUAACGGCCGAGGAGCAGAGCAGCCUUCUGUUCACUGACUUCUUUCGAGCUAAAGAGGUCAUAAACCUGGAAGUGGGCGGCGGGUCUCAUCCUGAACUCCGCCGUUGCCAGGAGGAGGGUAAACAGGAGGUGGAAGCUCCUUCUGGAUUUUAUUCUGCGUGCCUCACGGGGCUCACCUCUCCGGACAGCCCUCCUCCUCCUCCUCCUGAGCCGCUACGUGGGAGCACCGGGGGCUGCUGCGCACCGGCCUCCCUACACUCGUGGCGUGUCCCCCGGCGGCUCAGGGCGCACAGCUCUCCGGGAGGAGGGCGAGCCAACGGCGAGGCUGGACAGUCCGGCUUUGGGUCAUCGCCAGAGCACGUGCAAACGUCGUUAAACGACGGCCGAGAGAUGCACGUCGCCAAAGGGAGCUGGGUCCACCCGGGACGGAACGGGACAGCUGCGGAUGACAGGAUGGAAACUUUUGAGUGGAUGAGGAUGAAAAGGAGUCAGCACCGGUCGGCCAGAAUGCACAUGACCUGUGGGUUCAGUGUUGGCUCGGGCCUCGGCAUUCUGGAGCCCGGAUGCCACAGCAUCUGCACGGACGGCCACCACGCGGCGACCGGGGCCCCGAGGACCAACUACAGCACCAAGCAGCUGACCGAGCUGGAGAAGGAGUUCCACUUCAACAAGUACCUGACGCGGGCCAGGCGGGUCGAGGUGGCCAACGCCCUGCAGCUCAGCGAGACGCAGGUGAAAGUUUGGUUUCAAAACAGACGCAUGAAGCAGAAGAAAUUGCAAAGGGAUGGGUUUCUGUGCGAGCAGCGGCCCGGGGCCCCGCGUGCACACGCCGAGCCUUUGGACACACAGCCGUCUGCCGGACCGACCUCUCCAGAGCACCUGCCCCUGAACUUGUGAACUGCGCCGUGCGCGUCGUGCGUUAGGCGGUGCGGACGUCAGCCAGCAGAUGUUUUCAUUCGCGUUUGCAUCGCUCUCAAUCAGGCUUUACCUUUAUUUGUUUACAACGAUGGAUGCUAUUCGCGAGACGCGCAAUGGCAGGUAUCUCCAUGCAAGAACGGGUGAAUGCGAUUUGUCAUUCUCCCCGGCUUCAGACUGGCGCUCUGAUUUGAAUAUUAAAAUUCAAGUCAUCCCAUUGCGCUCCUAUUUACACAAUGUAAACGAAGAUACAAACUUACUCAAUUGACCAUAAACGCUGUGUAGGGCUUUUUGUUUAUUUUGGAAAAUUUAUUCAGGAACCGACGUUGUUGGGAUAUAUUUAAUUCAACAGAACAUAUGUCUAAUAGUUUCAUUUACAGCACACAAAUUAAAUUAAUUGAUUUCAGGUCAUUUUGUGUUUUUUAUUUCGGAACAGAGACUAUAUUUGGCGUCAUUUAUAAUCGUUAUCAAUGAGUUCAGAAAGUUAUUCCGAAAAAAACACACUGGUACU